AUCUUCUACUUACAUAAUCUGAUCUGUCCGAUAUAUCACAGACUGGUCUGCUUUCGCCAGUUUUGGCAGGCAGGAUAUAUAAAGGUGUAGCCCCAAGAUGCCGGCAGUCAGUGCCCCGCUCUGCCCCUGCCAUGACCUCUCACUUGCAACUUUUCUGCGUGCUCGCAGUAGCUUCACUGAGCCAAGCUCUCCCCCAAUACCAAACCCCCAUCCCCAUAGUCGCUCAGUACCAAGAUGGGCCCAACCCUGACGGCUCUUAUCAAUACAGCUACCAGACAGCCAACGGCAUCUCCGCCCAGGAGCGCGGGUAUCUGAAGAACGCUGGCCAGCCCCAGCUAGAGGCUCAGGUAGCGGAGGGCUCCUACCAGUACACAGCUGACGACGGCACACCCAUCUCCAUCUCCUACAUCGCCGACGAGGGUGGCUUCCGUGCCGAGGGUAGUGCCAUCCCCACCCCACCUCCAAUCCCCCCAGAGAUCCAGAGGGCUCUGGAGUACCUGAGGACUCUGCCCCAACAAGAGUACGAUGACAACGGCAACCCCAUCGGCGCCCCUGUCCAGCAGAACUACCGACCCAACUACGGCAAGAAGUAACUCCUCUAACUGACUUAUAAUAAUAGUCGCUUGAAAAGAGCUUAAGGAAGCUCCUUUUAACCGAUUAUUCUGCGGGGUGUACAGUUACCCUAGUUGGUACACUAGUCAUGGAUAGGGAUGUUACUUUUGUAUUUUUGUACUUGUAUUAUCUGUAAUAAAACAUUUUGUUAUUUAUAA